AUGGAGGGCAAAAAGUUUAGCAUGAUCUUGAUGAGUUUUCUGGUGAUAGGUUUACUUGUCCGACCAACCACUGCAAGUUUCGGGAAAUGCAUGAAAGAUUGUUUUAGUAUUUGUAGUUCCAAUGGCGAGUAUCCUGUAGAUAUUUGUGCGUUGAUUUGUGUCAAAAAAUGUAUUUUUCCAACCUUUGAUGUUAACAGCGACAAUAAAGAUUCACAAUACUUUUGCAAUCUUGGUUGUGCUUACUCCUCCUUCUCCAACUUGAUAAGCACCAAAAGAAACUUCGGGGAAAAGCAAGUGGAAAGCAGUGUUUACGCUCAGUUCAAUUUUGACUCCAAUGGGAGCAGUGGCUUCUACGCUGCAUCUCUCUGUCGCUCGCCCUUGGGAUACGGCUGA